AUGUCUCAACCAAAUCCAACGAAUACUCAGGUUGAUCCUUCAAAUCCGUUUUAUUUGCAUCCUUCGGAUCAUCCAGGGAUGAUUCUUGUUUCUAAAAAGUUUGAUGGAAUUGGUUUUGGCACAUGGAAGAGGGCGAUGUUAAUUGCACUUUCUGCAAAGAACAAGUUAGGUUUUAUUGAUGGAACAAUUACAAGUGCUACAAACCCUAGUUUAUGGAAUCGCUGUAAUGAUAUGGUGAUUUCAUGGAUCAUCAACACAUUGUCCAGGGAUAUUACUGAAAGUGUUUUGUAUGUGCAGAGUGCUGCUCAACUUUGGACAGAACUGAAUGAUAGAUAUGGACAGGGUAAUGGUGCAAAUAUGUAUCAAUUGCAAAAGAGUUUAUGUGAAAUUUCACAAGGAAGUAGCAGUAUUGCGACUUAUUUCACAAAGAUUAAAGGAAUUUGGGAUGAACUCGGUUCUUUAUCCACCAUUUCUCCAUGUUCUUGUGGUACAUAUGCUGAAAUUGUGAAAAAAGACGAAGAACAAAGGUUAAUUCAGUUUCUAAUGGGAUUAAAUCCUAGUUAUGAUAAUGUUAGAGGUAAGAUUCUGAUGAUGCAACCAUUACCUGCUAUAAGCAAAGCUUAUUCUCUUUUGACACAAGAUGAGAAACAAAGAGAGAUUCACCCUACUGUACAAUCUUUUCCUGAUGUUACAUUAAUGAAUGUUCAAGCUAAACCACAAGAGAAUUUCAAGAAGCCUGUCUGCACUCAUUGUAAGAAAUCUGGUUACACUGUUAAUAAAUGCUAUAGGUUGAUUGGUUUUCCAAAGGAUUUCAAAUUUACUAAACCAAGACAUGCUGCUAAUGCUUCUGUAAAUGAUGGUGUUGAUCAAUUCAAUAACUUGUCUGUUCAUGCUAUGAGUUCUGCUACAAGUCUCACAGCAGAUCAAUGCCAACAGUUGAUUCAGUUUCUUCAAAACACUCAACUCAAUAUUGGCUCAUCUCAGUCUUCUAAUGAUGCCAGUGGUGAGACAAAUGAUCUGAAGUAUGCUAAAGAGAUGUGUUUGCUGCUCAAGAAAAACCCUAAUUUCAUUCAUGCUAAAACUUACAUUAUAUAG